AUGGGGAAAAAAUUAAAAAGUACGCGUUCUUCCCAAACAGAUGAAGAAAAAGAAUUUAGCAGUAGUGGAAUGUCACAGUUUUCAUUACCACGUUAUUAUGGAUAUAACACUUCAAACCAGCAAGAUCCCGAUUUGUUAUUUAGUAAUAAAAACAAGAAGUAUUAUGAAAAUCCAUUAGCAGCUAGUAGUGCAAGAAGAAUAAGACAAAUAUCAAGUGAAUAUCAAGUGUGGACAAUGAAAAACAAUCAACUGCGGCAAAAGACAAAUCCCUCAAAAAUGAUUAAACAGAAGAAUGUGCCUAUAUUUAAAAACCAAUAUUCAGAUGAUAGAACUAUCAAACUAGAACAAACAAAUAAGGAAAUUUUUGAUAGAAGAAAUAAUCAAAAUAAUUUAGUUAAUGAUAGAGUGUUUAAUAAUAACCAGAAAAUUAAACUAAAAAGUUUAGAAGAGUUUAACAUAAGCAUUCGCUUUGCAAUACUAAAAUACGAUAGGGAGUUUGAUAAUCUGAAUAUAAAUUUAAAAGAUUAUAAUUUAACAGAAAAAGAAUAUUCAGUGUUAAAAAUUUUAGCGGCGUUAAAGAAAUUUUUUGGAAAAUAA